AUGCGACGAUUGCUCUGUGCGUUUGCUCUGCUGAUAUUUUACUUACCGAUAUCUCAUGGCAAAAUCGGAAAGAAUUGUCGAUUUGCAGAAAGUUUCUAUGAAAAUUAUCCGAAUAUAUUUGAACUGAACCAAGACCAAACUCUACUGACAGUCCGACCAUUAUAUUCUUUGUCAAAUCAAUCUUUCACCACUCUCAAUCAAUCAUUAUCCAUCGGUAUUAUUUAUUCAUUUGCAGAUACUUAUCUAGUACCUGUUCCAUUGCUUUUUCAAUGUUCAGAAAGCGAGCAAAUUUACACACCAGAUAACUGUGAAUUCACGAUUGUAGAUACUCGUUCAGAUUUAUCUAUGCGUCGGACUGAACCGACUCGUACAACCACUGUACCUCUUUCUUUCCAAGACUAUUCAUCGUCAUCGUCGAAGCCAUCACCAUUACAUGGUGCUUAUUUCAAACAAUCUAUCGUUGCUCUGCAGAAUUGUCGUUUGAUUUCCGACGGUGAGAUUCUCGUUGAGCAUUCAUUCCAUCUUCGCAUUGAAUUCGAACAAACAAUUGGUUCGAAAUGUUCUCAUGCAUGUUCUCAUUCUCAAUUAUAUGAAUGUUCAAUGACAUCUCAAACGUGUCAAUGUCGUUCACAUCUUAUUGAAAAAUUUGGUCAUUUCUGUGUCGAUACUGAACUGACAUCGAAUUGUUCGUUAACACCCGAACGUUGCCGUCGAUUAUGCAAUACUCAAAAACAACUUCAGACUGGUAUCAUCGAUGACAACUGUCAAUGUCCAUUGGGUACGCAGAGAAUUCGAUCGAGUAAUGACUACCGUUGUGAAUUGCCGAUCUUAACUGAAUGUGAUAAUCAGAAUUUCAAAAAUACUUGUCCAAAAGGUUAUCUAUGCCAAGAGAAUCGAUGUAUACCGAAGACAAUGCUAACUCGUGUAAAUCAAACAAUUCUUUCUGUGCCAUUGAUCAUGAUUGGCUUACUUACUGGUGCUUUAUUGAUUAUAAUUCUUCUUAUAGCAGGUCUUUUGAAGAUGCGCUCGGUUAAAUGUGUGAAAUUUGUACAUCAACAAAGAGUACUAUCAAAUCAUUCGAGUAAUUCGUCACCCGCUACAAUAACUCGUUUGUCAACAGUAAACUCGUCGUCAUCACCUUGUUCUACAUUGUCAUCCGCAUCCAAAUCCACGAAAUUAUCAUCAACAAAUAAACUGUCGGAAAAAUACACUAAGAUUCAUCUAUUUGAAUGA